UAACUUUAAAGUUUCCAGUCGAAACUUGAAAGGAAUUAAAGAAAAGCCCAUCACAUUACAUCCCUAAUAACUAUCAGUAUCCGUACAACAUCAAAGAAGCAAGAUUCAGAUCAGUUAAUUUCUUGCAGUCUUUCUCAUUCGGUUCAUUUGAUUAGGAAUACACAUUGAUUGGCAGCAUGCGGAAGUCAGAUGAUGAGAAGAUUUUAAGCUACAAUGAUGUUGUACUUAGGCAAUCAGACCUGGGCAUUCUAAGUGGUCCUCACUUUCUGAAUGAUCGAAUCAUCGAGUUUUAUUUCAGUUAUCUUUCUUCUUGCCAUUCACAGGACAUUCUACUGGUUCCACCUUCAAUUGCUUUUUGGUUGAUGAACUGUCCAGAUGCUACGAGUCUCAAGGAUUUCAUAGAGCCCCUUAAAUUGCAUGAGAAGAAACUUGUGAUUUUUCCGGUUAACGACAACGAUGAUGUGAGCAUUGCCGAAGGUGGAAGUCACUGGAGCUUACUAGCAUACGAGAGAAAUGCUAAUGUGUUUGUGCAUCAUGAUAGCAAUCAUGGGAUGAAUAAAAUGCGAGCGAAGCAACUUUUUAAGGCUGUUGCUGGAUUCAUUGGCGAUUCCAGUUCAGUAUCUACUGCCAAGUAUCUGGAAUGCAGUGAUUCGCCGCAGCAAACAAAUGGUUAUGACUGCGGUGUAUAUGUUACUGCUGUUGCAAGAGUUUUAUGUUGCUGGCAUGACAGUAGCGAACACAAAGAUAAAGAUGAUAUGUGGUUUUCUUCUGUGAAGGAGCAGAUCACUCCAUCUGCUGUUGCUGAGACGCGAAAAGAGAUUCUUCAGUUGAUUAAAGACCUUAUGGCAGGGAAAUAAGACUUGUCUGCUAUAAAUGAAGGCAAAUUAAUAAUGAACACUCACAAUACUCGUCCAACUCUUGAAUUGGGACUUGAAAGGAUCAUACGGAUGUUAACAUUCAUCAGCAAUUAGUUGUUUCCUUCGCAAAUUCAGUAGCCUGGUGAAGUCAAUAUUUUUGUUGAGGCCCAUGGUAUGUAGAACAAGUUUUUUAGUGUAAUAGCAAGUUUGUUUCUGUGUUCA